UUCAAAAUGGCCGAUAUACUGAGACUUGACUGAACAGUAGCAACAAAGAGAAUGUGAUUAACAAAAACGUAUGCCAAUUUAAAAGGUUGAGAUUGAUCAAACUUCACAAGCUCUAAUCUAUAAAAAUGUCAAAAUAUCAAUACAGCAAGCUUGUAAUGGAGAAAUUUCUCAGGCGGUCAUUUUAUGACGCAGUCCUGGAACUUUACGAAACAGCCCAAGGGACUCGCAUUAUUUCAGUUAGCCUGGAGGGUAAUUUAUCUCUGGUUGUCAAUAAAGAUGAAAGUUUUGUCAUCAAGCUGAAUGAAAUUGCUCAACGUGCUGAUGAUCGGGAAGAUCACCAGCAGCGCUUUAAAGAAAUCGGAGGGAUGAAACUUGAGGAAACUAUUGAGAGGUAUGUGGUGAAGAAAGAAGAAUUUUUGCCUAGCACUGUUGAACCUACAUCAAACUUGGGCAGUGAGAUCAUCAAUCUUGAUCCUAUCCCUAAAAAUGCUGAGAAAUACCCUCAAGGUGAGACCACAGUUUCUGGCAAAGUUGAUUCUGCCUAUGAAGAUCAAAAAUGUAAAUAUUCAGAAAAUUCUGAAGAUAAAAUUAAUGAGAGCAAAGGUGAAAGUGACAGUUUUGAGAAGUCAAGUGAAGGAGAGAGUGACUCGGAUGAUGAAGCUGAUUCAGAGUUGGCGAUGACUUUUGAGUCCCAUUCAAUGCUGCCUAUUGACAGUCAACAGAACAUGUUGCAUAAAUCUGAUUUGGACACUUCUGGCGGAGAUGACAUCUGUUUUCUUCCAGUAGGCCAGAUAGAUGAGUUUAAGAGGAAAUCAGAAUAUAAGGACCAUGAGCAUACAGAGCUUCAUGGGAAAAAAUCUCCUAGAAAAAGAAGAAAAACAGCGUCAUCAACAGAUGGAGAUGAUGAAGGUGUCAAGCCAGAAGAUAAAGUUGGCUCCUCCACCUCAACCAAUGUUGACGAAACUGGCGGUCUCCAGCUUCUACCACAUACAGCAACCGGCCCAAUCAUAAUUGAUGAAGAUGACAAUAGUUACAACAGUAGCAUGACAGAGAGCCAGAUGGCUCAGUUAGCCAUGUUCCAGAUGAGAGACCCUAAUGUUAGCAUGUUCAGACAGCAAGAUUUAGAAGAGCUAGCCAGACAACAACAGCAGUGGCAGAUGGUUGCCUAUCAGCGUAGCAUCAUGGAAAAAUCAUAUCUUCAGCAACAAAUGCAGCAAUACCAACGUGAUACUGAGCGCCUUAGGUGGGAGUAUGCUGCCCAACACAGAGAGUUAGCACAGUCAAGAGACUACCCCCACAGUGCUGAAGAAACAGAGAAAAUUUAUAGACAAGCACAGACUCAGUCUGCUGCCACUGAAGCUGCUAUGUUAGCUGCAGCUGCUUUGGAACAGGCUAAAAAAAGUGCCAGAGAAGGAAGUGAUGAAGCAGCAGCAACUGUAGACAAAAUGUCUUCCCAGUACCUUCGUCUGCUUGCAGAAGAACACGUUGCCAGUCAGAUGGAUGCUGACUAUGAGGAAGGUGAGUUGAGACCUGAGUCACAUUCAUGCGUCCUAUGUGGGCUCAAAUAUUUAACUGUUGACUUGCUUAUGAGACACAUGGAGAAACACAGGAUAGCAUUUGAGAGGUCCUGUUCUGUUUGUCAGUCUGGUACCCUGACUGGCAACAUGCUUAUACUUCACAUGGAGGCUUCACAUGGCCCAGAGACCAGCUUCCCCUUACCAUCCACAGCACUCCCAGUGUCUAACACAACUGCUACCUCUUCAGUUGUCACAACCUCUGCUGGGGACUUCUCCCAGUCAUUUCCUGCAACACUUCAGACAAGCUACAGCAUCCAGCCGCAGGAAGAAACUACAGGGAUGAAGUUACCCCAACAGCCACAAUCACCCAAGCACGUCACUGUUAAAACACAAGAGGCAGAGGAGACAGCAUCAAGUUCUAAUGUUAAAUCAGAAUCCGAAGAGAGUUUUGAUUAUGCUCUGGCAUCAUCUGCUUCCAGAAUUGACACUGACAUGACUUCUAUAACACAGGACAACUUUUUGGGAAUCCCUUCCCAGUUUUAUCCAUUAAUUGGAUGUCAAGUUUGUGGGGAGAAAUUUGCUCUCAGUGAAGCACUGGACCAGCAUGUUGAAAGCCAGCAUAAGGAUACAUCUUGCUCUUACAACUGUAAACCCUGCUGUUUAACUUUCAAGACUCAUGUAGAGUACAGCAAACACAUGACAAGGCAUGAAGCUUCUUCCACAAACCUGAAAUGCAGCCAUUGUCUUAAAUCCUUCAAAUCUGUGAAGCAGUUACGGCUGCACUAUGUUGCUGCUCAUGCGUGCUGCCAUUUCUGUGAAUAUUGUCGUGCUGGGUUUCCUGAUGCCAUGUCACUGCAGUCACACGAACAACUCCAUACCCUUGAUCCAGAUAAACUGACUUUCCGUUGUGACAUAUGCAGUAAGGCCUUCUACACCCAGUCCCAGUGUAGUGCUCACAAACGUACACACAAAGAUGAAAAGGCGCAUGCCUGUGAAGUGUGCGGUAGUGCAUUUUUUAAGAGAGGGGACUUGACUAAACAUGUACGCACAGUUCAUUCACCCAGUCGAUUAUUCUCAUGUAAAUUUUGUGGUAAGAAAGGCACCCGUAUGGAUAACAUGAGAAGUCACGUCCGUUCCCAUCACAAAAAUAUGACCAGAGAUCAAAUCAUAAAUAUGAUUGAAGUUAUUGAAUAAUAUUCGUCUUUCAUAGGUCUUAGUCUUUCUGCUGCUUUUUUUUUUGUCUGGGAAUGAAGCUAUUUUUAUUUAUCAUUCUCAUGUACCAAAAUGAAAAAAAUAGAACACUAAAAAAUGUUUGCUGUACAUCUGUUAAAAAGACAAAACUUUGUACAUCUUUUUUUUUUAAAAACAGGUUACAUUUUGCAAUGAUGACAUUGCAUUUGUUUUAGUUAAAAAACUAAAUGAUGGCAUUUGUAUGUUAUUUUAAGUAUUUUUUAAACUCAAAACAUUGUUGGUAAUGUAUACAAUUCUUUUAUAUUAAAACGUUAUUAUAUCAACAAAGAUUACUAAUUUAGUUCAUUCAUGGUUAAUGCUCCUAGCACCAGUUUAUGGAGUUAGUUAUCAAGAUAGUAAUUUACUGUAUUUGAUUGUCAAAGGAAAAUUUAAGUUGAGUAGUUUUUUCCAGUAUUGUGACCAAAGAGUGGUUUCUGUACUUCAUUUCAUGAUGCUGACAGUCUUUCCCUUCACUAGAUGUCAUUUGUACAGUUUAUAAAAAUACAACUUUGAGGGUUUGUAGAAGAGCACAUUGGUAUUACUUUACACAUCAGUGUUGUAGUGAAGUUUAGAUUUGUGUAUAAAAAUUCCUUGUACUUGUAUAUGGAAAGGAUUUUACAUUAUCUUUCCCCUUUUUAUAUUUAAUGAUCUGACAAAAAAGAUCUUUGCUUCUCCAAAUAUAAACAGUGGUUUUUAUACCUUAAUUAGGUACAAUUUUUUGUUUUUACAGAGAAAUGUAAAUAUUUUUAAUUUUGUUCUAAUUUCUGUUACAUUAAGCAGUCAAACAGGGACCAGUGUAAUAAAAUUGAAACUAUUUAAAAUUCCUUUUGAUUUAAAUGUAAUGCUUUAAACAGAUUAAUAAUAGCAUUUAAGUGUAGUGUUUUUCUGUUCAGCUUAGUUGCAAAAAUACUCAUUCUGUUCAGGUUUAUCAUGUCAAAACAAUUAUCUGAAUAAUUGGUGUUUGCCAGAUUAAAAAAAUUUUUAAAUUGCCUGUAGUUAGUAAAAUCAAAUGAUUUUGAUCUUUAAUUAACUUUUCGUUUGUCAAAUCAGAUAUGGUAUUCCUCAAAAAUAAUUUUACUUUAACACAUAUGUUGUGCAAAAGCUAAAACUUAUUACUCAUUUAUAUUUCAUAUACUCUGCAUUAUUGCAUUUAUUCAAUAUUUCAUAUAUAUUAAUUGAAUAUCUAAAUCUUCUCUCUAAACUAUUAAAAAUUACUGUCAAUGGU